AUGACUUCACAUCUCUUCCGCGUAAUCUGCCUCCUCCACUCCGUAAUCGCGCUCACGAGUGGGACCCUGAUGAUGUUCUACACAGAAAAAGCUUCCAUCUUUGGCCACGGCAGCGACAUAGCUAACAAACUCAAAGGCUCAACACCUCACGACGAGUUACUCAUCCAGAUCUCUCAAUCAUUCUCCGGUUUGCUUCUAUUCGCAAUCGGUUUGGUGCUUUUCAUGGUGUCCUUUGUGAAAGACAGAGACUUUCAUAGCUUCUUCGCCGCAGGGUCUGUGAUUCUCUAUGUGCUUAUGGCUUUGUGGAGAGUUAUGUUUGAGUGGAAGAUUGAAGAUCUUGCCUUUGAGUGUCCUAAGCAAGCUCUUGGAGAUAUUGCUUUGGCUGUUUCUUGGGUUUUCUUUUUAGUUUAUACUUGGAGGGAGAAGUAUGAUUGAUUAAUGUUUUUCUUUUUUU